CCUCUUUACUCUUCACUUUCAAAAAGCUUCUGAUUGGAAGGGAGUACAGCAGCCAUGUUUUGGGCAGAAGUUGAAGCUUUGUUCAUGUGUUUUAUCCUGCACAUCUCAGGGUUUCAUGGACAAACAAACACCAUCUGUGCACCAAAAGGUUCUUCAGUGGAUCUCCCCUGCUUAGCUAAACAUCAAACUUCAAACAUGAGAUGGUCCACCAUACACUCGGAUGGGUUGGAGCCCCAUCAGUUGGAGAGCACUGCAGAUGAUGAUCAUGUUGUGUUCAACAUGUCCAAAGAGAAUAAGCUAAUUCUGACAAUCAAAGAAGUGAGAGAGAGUGAUGAAAACAACUACUGCUGCACAGAUGUCGAAGAGUCGCACCUCUGCUGGUCAAACAGAGUUCAGCUCAGUGUUGCAGACCUGCAGGUAAAGGUGAUUCCUACCACAGAGGGACACACAGUGUCACUGAUGUGUGAGACCAACUGCACCCCGCCUGGAAACAUAGCAGCCUACAUCUGGUACAAGAACGGAGAGUUUCUCCACGAGGACUGGUCUCCCUGGUAUCAACGGAUGGUCAGCAGUAAUACAUCAGUCAAGUACUCCUGUGCUAUCAAAGGAUACGAGGAUCUAAGAGCCCCUGAAGUCUCAGUGGAUUCUGUCACAUUGCCCUGCUUUCAUGUGACCUAUGCCAAAGGCAGAAUGUGUUCUUAUGUGGAGAAGCCGGUGGAUAAGCCCUGCCCCAUCACAUACCCAAAAGAAGUGCAUGUUGAAAAGACUCAAGGAAGCAAUCAUGGCCAACUGACCUGUGCUUCCAGUUGUCCUCUGACUGAGCCCACUUACUACAGCUGGUACAAUGGGGGUUACUUAGAAAAACCCCACAUGUGGAUCCGUGAUUUAUCUGUUCCCAAACAUGUUGAUACAGGAUUCACCUGUGCUGUUAAAGGCCAUGAGGAUCUGGUCUCUGCUGAAUUCUGUCUUGACGAUGUGAACUGUUGGAGAGUGGAUUAUGUCAGCAGGAGAAUCUGUGCACUCGAAGGCUCCACAGUGAGCAUUGUCAGUAAAUAUUUACAUCCUGAACUUCAGCAGCCCAGCUACAAAUGGUGGUACAGAAUAGAGAACAGUAGAGUGGAGGCUGCUGAAAAGCUGACUGAGGAAGAAGGUCGAGUGGAGUUUCAAAACAACACAGAGAACCAACACAUCCUCAAAAUCAAAGACCUGAAGAAGAAGGACUCAGCAGAGUACAGAUUCAGACUACACCAAGAUGACUCUAAAUGGACAAGGUCUAAUUUACCUGGAGUGAUUCUUAUUGUCACAGAUCUGAGAGUGGAGUUCACUCCUUCUGCAGUGGUGGCAGAGGGCCAGAGAGUUACACUGACCUGCAGCACCAGCUGUCCUCUGACUGACCACUCAUACUACAUUUGGUACCUGGACAGACUACUUCUGACCCUGCGGGGGGACCAAAACAAAGACCUGGUUCUAGACCCCGUCAGCACACAAGAUGCAGGAAACUACUCCUGUGGUGUUGCAGCCCAGAAAGGCAUGAGUUCUCCUGAAAAGACUCUCACUGUUGGUAGAACCUCACGUGGUGAAACAGGAACGUGGAUCCCAGCAGUAGCUGCAGGAGUCAGUGCUGCACUUCUGGUUGUAAUACUUGUUGCUGUCAUCUUGUGGAUUAGAAAGAAGCAGUCCAGUCCACCUCCUGGGAGUGAAACAUCACAAAACAUAGAACAGCUCAGCCCUGGUCCAGUGUAUGAAGAAGUCUCAGCUCAACCUACAGAGCCGGAUGAUCUCCACUACGACAGAGUUCGCUUCUCAAAGAAAAACACAGAUAUCCUCUACUCCACUGUCCAGGCACAUCCGCCCCGAGAACAGGAGGAUGUGCAGUACAGCGCUGUGACCUUUAAACAACAAAGGGGCUCUUGAGUAAAUAGCUGUUUUUAAUGGUAAAUGAUUCAGACUCUGUUUCGUCACAUUUCUUCAGAAAGAUGGGUGGUGAAAUAGUGUUAAGCAAGAAAACAUGCUUACAGUGUGUGCUGUGAUACUAGCCCCCUCUGGAGGAUACACUCUGAACUGUGUAUAUUUUUUCAUAGUGAUGUAAAACCUGUCCAACCAACUACCAGUAACUACCAGUAAUACCACUUUAUUAAUUAAUCUAUUUGUAAAUGAGCAACACAACUGAAGUUCACUAAAGUAGCACUGAAUUCAAAUGUGAAUUUAAAUUGUGCAUGUUGCUUUUUGAAACAACUCCUGAGUUGAAGUACACUACCAGUCAAAAGUUUGGACACACCUUCUUAUUCAAUGGUUUUUAAGAUUAAGAUUAAGAGAGAUUAAGAUAUACUUUAUU